CCACGCCAUGCCGCCGCGGUCCUACGUACAUGGUAGUGGGAAAACUGACAACGUACGUACAGCUAAAACCGGGCCGGCGUUUAAGCUCCUCAAUUAUUUUUCUGGUUCGAGAGAUGUUCAUUAUUAAAUUUCACACCUACCCUAAUCAUCCUUCCAACCGAACCAUCUUUCCGCUGACUGAAGUAAAUAAGAGCAAGACGAUCAAUAUGCCACGCCUUCUUCUUCUUCUUCAUUAGCCACCCACUAGAGACAGAUAAAAAAAAAAAAUGGCGGAGCUACAGAUGAUGAUCAAACUCCACAACAACAAUCACCAUGUUAUAACUAACAAUUACUCCACCACGCCCAUCAUCCCCUGCCGCCGCCGUACCAGCACCUCCGUUUCGCUCCUCUGCCGUUCCCCAAAAUCCUCCUCAUCACGCCGUGAUCCCUUCUCCUCCGUUAAGUAUGACGCCGCCGUCAGCCGUCGCGCACGGGGCGUGGGCGGGUUGACGGUUCGGGCCGCCUUUGACUCGGCGCCGUCUGCUACUACCGAGACGGAAGUCGUGGUGGAGCAGCCUGUGGAAGGAGAAAACGGCACCGUCACGAGGUUUAGGAAAGUGGCGGCGGAGGAGGAAGAGUAUACUGCCGACGUGGCAGCUUUCGAAGUGAGGAAGGACGGUGGGUGGUGGGACAACGCCCUUCUCCAGCUCCGGCUGAUGAUCGCGCCUCCGUGGCAGCGGGUCCAAAACGGCAGCGUUUUGGACAUCCACUUGGCCGGCGAGAUAUCGGAUGUGAAAGGGAAGUUCUUCUCGCCGGAGUUCACACUGCCGCAAAUCUGCGAGAAUUUCGCGAAAGCUGCUAAUGACCCGCGGAUUGCGGGGAUUUAUCUCAGGAUCAGCACCUUGGGGUGUGGGUGGGGGAAAGUGGAUGAAAUCCGUCGCCAUAUAGUGGAUUUCCGGAAAACAGGGAAAUUCGUGGUAACGUACUUGUAUUCGUUCCAGGAGAAGGAGUACUACCUUGGGUGCGCCUCCGACGAACUAUAUGCACCUCAGCUUGCUCCCUUCGGCUUAUAUGGCUUCGCUCUAUCCGCUUCCUUUUACAGAGGUAUACUGGAGAAGAUGGGGUUGGAACCGCAAUGGGUUCGGUUCGGGAAGUACAAAAAGGCAGGGGACCAAAUGACUCGCAAGACUAUUGCGGAACCGCAUCUCGAAGUCUUGAAUAAAUUGCUGGACGACAGAUACGACUACUGGAUGGACGUUGUUUCUUCUUCCACAGGGAAGAGGAGGGAGGAGGUGGAGAAGUUUGUUAACGAAGGGGUCUACGAUAUGGAUAGGCUCAAGGAGGCUGGGUUGCUCACUGACGUGCUUUAUGAAGACGAGGUCAUGUCACGAUUGAAAGCGAAAGUUGGACUCCAAAAGGAUCAAAUUCUGCCAAUGGUUGAUUACAGGAAAUAUUCUGGAGUUAUGAACUGGACUCUGGGCUUAAACGGCGGUAAAGACGAAAUCGCCGUGAUCCGAGCAUGUGGAUGCAUUGCCAUGACAUCAGGUCUCGUCAAUUUCCCCGGCGACGGCGUCACUGCACCCGGCCUGAUUGAACAAAUCCGCAUUGUCAGAGAGUCAAAAAAGUAUAAAGGCCUGGUCCUCAGAAUCGACAGCGCUGGCGGGGAUUGUCUCGGAUCCGAUACGAUUUGGAGGGAGCUUCGACUUUUAGCGACGGAAAAACCCGUGGUGGCGUCGCUCUCGGACAUCGCGGCUAGCGGCGGUUACUAUAUCGCCAUGGGAGCGAACGCCAUCGUCACUGAAAAGUUGACACUAGCCGUCUCCAUUGGUGUUCUUCAAGGGAAAAUGAACUAUGCGGAACUGCAAAAGAGAAUUGGGUACAGCAACCACGUUGUAUCGAAGGGCAAAUACGCUGAGUACCCUACAGCCGGCUAUCGAGCUUUGAGGCCGGAUGAAAAACAACUUUUGGAGGACACCACUAAGCAUUGGUACAAAGUAUUUCGCGACAAGGCAGCAAUUUCUCGUUCCAUGAGUAUUGAAGAGAUGGAGAAGGUAGCACAGGGAAGGAUCUAUCAUGGUUCCCAUGCCGUUGAGGUCGGUUUGGUCGAUGCGGUUGGCGGGAUGGCUCGAGCCAUCGCCAUCGCCAAACACAAGGCUAAUAUCCCACAAGACAGGCCGGUGAGGGUUGUGGAGCUAACCAAACCGAAUUCCGGGUUGACCGAGUGGAUAACUGCGCUGGGGACGGUCAUGGCCGGUUUGGGCGGCGGCUCCGCGGGAGCGGUUUCCGAGGGCCCGAAAUUCGGGCACCAUGGGGUUGAAGCUCGAAUGGAUAUGUCGAUGUUGAAUGGGUUGGAUGGAGGAGGAGGAGUUUCAGAGUUCAACCCCAUUUUCACUAUCAUGAAGUCUUUCCUCAAGCUCAGUCUUGGAAGCAUAUGAGCACUUGAGUGGUGUGGAACCGUUGAAGUUUAGCCAUUUAAUUGGUUGUUAAUAAUCCAGUUUGUACUCAGAGAGAGAGCCUGAAACUAGCUAGCUAGAACGGGUGUAUGUUCAAAUAAACAUGUUUCGGCAUAUAUUAUUGAGUUCAAACUUUGUUUUUAAUGAAAAAUAUUUUUUUAUUUACUAGUUCAUUCCAUCAUAUAGGUGUUAGGAGAUUUUUUUUUAACGGUAACCUGUUGAAAACUUCAUUAAUCUGUGUUUGGCGUUACAUUAUCACAAUGCAGCUGACUAACCAGAAACCUAGGGGGUCUAUCUACCCAGACAUUCGUCUAAUUCGAUCUAGUCCGCGAUACUGCGCCAUAACAUGAGCUGCUUCAUUUAAUUUGCUGUUCUUCUAAUAUGUCGCCACGAACGUCCACCCAUCUCCUGCAGUAGUCUCCGAAUGUUGCGACACACCAUUUCUAUUUCUAUAUGUAUAUCCUGCGCAUCUUGUAUCUUUUGGAUUAGUGGUAAAUCGUCUGACUCCAAAAUCGGGUUAGCUACCUGGAAUUGCUUUGCUAGCUGUAGACCGAAUUCUGCCGCCAACGCUUCUCCCAUCUCAACGUCUUGACAUCCUGCUGCUAACUUUGCUGCGGCGAGAAGGAAAGUCCCACCCUGGCUUCGAAUGACUAGGGAUGGCAAAUUACCCACCCAUGGGUAAUUAUACCCAAACCCAAGUAGACCCAUUGAUAAUGGGUUGGGUAUGGGUGAAGUGCAUAUGGAUUUGGGGGUUUAUAGAUGGGUUUGGGUUUGGGGCUUCCAUAAUCUAAAUGGGUAUGGGUUGGAUAUGGAUAUCCAUUUACUUGAGGGUGUUUUAACUACACAUGCAAAAAUUGGACCUAUUUGCAAAACUUGAAAAGUUUAGGUACCAAAAUGUAAGACCAAAAAAAUUUAGGUACCAAAACAUAAUUUUCCAUUGAUAUUUUGAGGACUUAUAUGCAAAAAAAUUAAAUUUAGGUACUAAAUAUGCAUGUCUAUUAAGUUUGGGUACCAAACUGUAAUUUGUAUUUGGGCAUGGGUACAAACCCAAAUCCAUUUGAUAUAAACCCAACUCAAUCCAAAGUAAAUGGGUAUGGGUACAAACCCAUCAAACUCUACCCAUAUCCACCUAUUUGGAUUUCAAACCCAACCCAAUUGGGUUGGAUAGUAAGAAACCCAUGGGUAUGGGCAAAGUUGCCAUCCCUACGAAUGACGACUCCUAAAGUCGCACCAUCUGUGUUUGUAAAGCCCGCAUCUGUGUUUACUUUGCAGCUACCCUCUCCUGGUUCCUUCCACCCUUCGUUUCCCGUUUGCGCUGGUUCAUGUAGCUGGGUUUUCUGGUGCUUCGUAUAUUCCUCUAAGUAGCUUUCAGCACGCCCUACAAUAUCAUCUUCUUCCAUCUUCUUGCCAUUAAAUAAUUGAGCGUUCCUUUCUCGCCACAAAAACCACAUAAGUACACACCAUCCCUCAAGUUUCACAUCAUCCCCUUUAGCCAUUACCUUCACCAACCAAUGGUAGCUGUCCUGUGCUGGCUAGAACUCAAAAUAAUCUGUCACAACAGACUGUCUCCAAAUACGGCUCGUCCAUGAGCACUCGCCAAACAUUUACUUAGAAUUUGUGGUCUUAUUGAUUUAAAACAAUCUUUUGUUUGUUUAGAUAUUUUGAUAAUAAAUUUAAGGAUUUAAG